AUGGCGAGGCGAGAUUCAUUUGGCGGCUAUGAAGAGGAGAGAUUCAAAGACAAAGUUGACAUAAAACUACAGUGCUCGAUUUGUCUCAAGGUCUUAAAAGAUCCAGUACAAUGCCCGAAUGAACACUACUUCUGCCACUCGUGUAUUCGAAAGUGUUUGCACGAAAACGCCGAAACUUGCCCCAUGUGUCAACACCAUCUGACGGAAGAAACCUUAACCAAACCACCGAGAAUUUUGACGGAUUUCUUACAGAGUCUCAUGAUUCGUUGUGAUCACGAAAACCGUGGCUGCCCAGAGUUCGUCAAGCUUGAAUUCCUUGAUCGGCAUGUCAACAGCUGUGGCUAUUCACCAACGCCUUGUACAAACGCUGGUUGUGAAGUGGUCAUGAACCGACACGAGAAAGAACGACACGAACGUGAACAGUGUCAAUUUCGUAAGAUCGUUUGCGACGAGUGUGGAGAACAAGUAAUAUGGAAGUCGAGUCGUGUACACCCGUGCUUCAUGCGAAAAGAAAUGGACGAUUUAGCGAGAAGAUUAAACGUUGUCCAGAAUUAUGUGAAGAAAGUUAUAGAUGAUGUAAAGGAUGUCGAGGACGAUGUGAGGGAAGUCAAGGAUAAUGUGAAGGACGUCAAGGAAGAUGUGAGGGAAGUCAAGGAUGAUGUGAGGAACGUCAAGGAAGAUGUGAGGGAAGUCAAUGAUGAAGUAAAGCUGACUCAAGAAGAAAUGGCAUGCAUUACAAAAGAAGCAACUGAGAGAAGUGAAUGGUUCACUGGUAAACAGAAGAUUUUCGUGUGCGGAGGGUAUGAUGGCAAGACUAGUCUUAAUUCCGUAGAGUCAUUCAACUGGCCAGAGAAUUCCUGGACAUUGGAACCAGCAAUGCAGGAGGCACGAUCAAGCCAUUCAUCAUUUAUUCAUGGUCGUGAAAUAUAUGUCGGCGGCGGACGGCAUGGCGCCAAGGUCACUGACAAUAUUGAAACCUUAAAUAUUGACGAGGAAAACAUAGAAUGGACGGAGUCUCCUGUGAAGAUGCCAUUGAAGUGUCGUGGACACAAAAUGGUUCGUCACGAGAACAGUGCGAUUUUAACUGGUGGACUUAGUGACGGUGACAAUGUUUCAGAUGCGAUUUAUGAAAUCAGUCUAGAUCCUCCACAUAACUCAAAAUUAUUGACCCAGAUGCCAGAGCCAAGAUGUUUCCAUGGACAUGGUUGUGAGAUCGUGAACAAUCGGGCAAUAGUGGCUGGAGGACAAACAUCAAACAACCUCAAGGACGCUAAAAACACUGUGUAUGUAUAUGACCUGAACAAUAAUGAAUGUAAAACCUUACCACCACUGCCAUUUCCUAUUUCUGGUAUGGCUAGUGUUAGUUAUAAAAGUAAUGUAAUUUUGAUCGGAGGUGUUAAUGAGAAAGGUCAAACAUUAAACAGUGUAGUAAUGUAUGAUGUGAAAACAGGAAAAAUAAAAAUGUUGCCUUGCCUCAAUCAUAAAAGAGCAAGAAGUGCAGCAGUUAUCACUGGCAAUGUUAUCAUUGUUAUGGGCGGCUAUGAUUACGAAACUAAAACAUAUCUCAAUUCAGUUGAGUGUUUAGAUUUAAGUAGCAAUGUAUGGAGAGAACUGUCGCCAAUGACAACUAAACGAAAGGCUGCAACUGCAGUUUUAAAAUCAAUCAGUUAG